AUGCUAUGGAGAUUUUUGAGUUUGUUAGAGAUAUUGACUGUUUUCCAAAUUUUUUUAAUUGCUUAUCGAAUUCUGUUCACUGUACCAAUGACCGUAGCAUCAGCAGAGCGUAGCUUUUCAAAGUUGAAAUUGUUAAAGAACUAUUUGAGGUCAACAAUGUCACAAGAAAGAUUAAAUGGUCUUGCUACUUUAUGUAUUGAGAAAGAUAAGUUGGAUGAAAUAAAUGUUGAUGCAAUAAUCGAUGACUUUGCUUCUAGAAGUGUUAGACGAAUUUCCAAGUUCUAG